ACACACACACACACACACACACACACAGUGUGUUCACGUCAGACCCGAUUGGAACGGCAUGUUUAGACGCGACCAUAAACCCUUCGUCCACAUUCGAGCAACGUUUGAUAAAAGAUGCACCCUGACAUCACCGCUUACAAAACCUCCAGCGUCCAUGAAGUGUCUCCGGGGCCAAUCAAAAAAUCCGUCCCCGCUCACGAGGGCCCUUUAGGCGGCCUUAGCAACAAGUUGCCAAGUGACCUCAUCUCAGUGCUAUCUGUCUCAGUCCAGCCUUGAACCUCCUGUCUGACACACACACACACACACACACACACACACAUAAAUCCGGGCUGCUUUGUUUUAUCCUAUCCAAUCGUUCAGAGAUUGGUUGUAACACACUAUCUGAUGUUGCGGUGUAUAAGGGGCACUCUGGGGUUGUGUAACGUCAGGCGUUGCACAAUCAGGAAUGACAUCAAUCCCAGAACCACGCUGUGCUGUUGCAUGCGAGAAUCCCAAGAUAAUAAGACGAAACGGAGAGAUUGCGAACGGCGAGGGGUGUGUGUGUGUGUGUGUUGAGGGUGGGGGGUGAGAGAUCAUCUGGAGAACCAAAAGAGAGCCAUCUGGCGUAGCGUUGGUGUAGAACGAUUCGAUAGUAAAGCAGGAGAUCGCACGCCACCCGAAUCGAGGACAUGAAGGAAACGCCGCGUACGCCCUCUGACCUCGUUUUCCUUAUAUGGAAUAAACGUGUUUUGACAACAUCGUGUACAAGCGAUGAUAUUUUUUUCUCCAAAACAUCUUGUUUUUCUAAAAACAAGUCACUUAGUGUUGAUGUAACACAGCUGGUCAGCUCCAGUGCUCCGAUUGGUCCCCCGUAUUUUUUUCAAUAACGCUACACACGUUUUAGAAUGUGACUACGGAUCACGCGUGGAAAGUUCGCAUGUCGGGUACUGGAUUGUGAUUGGCCGGAUGUGCAGGUGGGAGUUGAGGUUAGAGAUCUAGAACAGGACACUCAAGAUCUUCCACUACAAACCCAUAUGUAAUUUAUGGAUCUGGCUUUGUGGACAGGGGCAUCGGAUGUUCAUGCUGGAACAAGUUUGGACGUUUGGUCUGGACUUUAAAGGUCCAGAAUAUGAAUUGUUGAAUUACACGUUAAGCGUUUUUAUCUCCCAUUGACCAUUAAGGAAAAAGCUUAACGAUAACAGAGGAUCCAUGUGACAGUGACAGAAGGGGACAUGUCCACAUGUGGAGGGCAGAGAAACCCGAGACGGAGCCCUUAGAGCCAAUUCCAGCGUCCGCCGGCCCGAAUUUAGCCCUCGUUUAUAGACUACAGCUCCGGGAUCACGUGGGUUCUGCCUCCCUGUGUGACUGAGUGGGCGUUUGGAUUGAGAAAUUCUAGAGCCGGAGCAGCUCGAGUUUCUCCAUCAAACCUGAAAAUAGGUCGCCGUGUGCUGCCGAGAUGCGAUCCGGGAUUAAACGUGUGCACAAGCGAGGUUUUGCGUGUCGCUAAACACGUCUGGAACUGCAGAAUCAGGAAGUGGUGGUCUAUGACCAGAGCUCGACUGACCCCUCGUCCCUUUCAUCAGAGGCCUUCCUCAGCGUCCUAUUGGCCAAACUCGAGAGGAGUUUUCCCUCCGUCCAUCUGCUCUCAGGUGGCUUUGUGGAGUUCUCUAAUCUUUUCCCAGGCCUGUGCGAGGGAAAGUGUAUGCUGGUGCCUUCUUGUAUCUCACAGCCGUGUCUUCCCCUGAACAGCAGCGGCCCUACACGAAUCCUGCCUCAUCUCUAUCUGGGUUGCCAGAGAGACGUGCUUAACAGGGAUCUGAUGCAGCAGAACGACAUUGCGUACGUCCUGAACGCCAGCAACACGUGUCCCAAACCGGACUUCAUUCCCGAGUCGCACUUCCUGCGCGUACCAGUCAACGACAGCUUUUGUGAGAAGAUCCUUCCAUGGCUGGACAAAUCCGUCGAGUUCAUAGAAAAGGCGAAAGCUUGUAAUGCCAGAGUUCUUGUCCAUUGCCUGGCAGGAAUUUCCAGAUCAGCCACCAUCGCUAUUGCUUAUAUCAUGAAGAGGAUGGACAUGUCCUUAGAUGAGGCAUACAGGUUUGUGAAGGAGAAGAGGCCGACCAUCUCACCCAACUUUAACUUCCUGGGCCAGUUACUGGAUUUUGAGAAGAAAAUCAAGAGCUCCAGUGAAGUAGCACCUAAAGGGAAACCAGUGCAGACAGACUUGUUUGACAAGCCAUGCCCUGGACAAGAAAACGAGUGUUGCGCCCCAUGCUCAUCCAGUGGAAUGGGGGUGGAGAGAUCUAACCUGGCGCCACUAGAGCCUCUGACACUGCCUUGUGUACUGGCCGGGGUUCCUGAGGAGCAGCUUCUGGCUCAGGCACUAUGCAGUCUGCAGCUGAGUGAAGAAAUGGAGGACAGCAUGCGCUUGAAGCGCUCCUUCUCGCUGGACAUCAAGUCGUAUGGAGAGCCGAGCAUUCCGGCUCCUUUGCGCACGUUUACCAACGGAGACGGUCCAGAUUACUACAAACCAUCCCCGUUUAAAGAUCCGACGGUUAAGGCUUGCCAGUUCUCCCCCGUGGAGGAGGUUUCAGAACAGUCUACUCCGGAACAGAGUCCGGACAAGGAGCAAGCCGAAGGUCACACAACCAGCAGCAACAAGUCCAUCAAAUCCAGUCACUCCAGCAACCCUAACCAAUCAAACAAGUCUGCAGCCUUGAAACCUCCUCCUCCUCCACCUGCCUGCCCGCAGCCCCUGCAGAGGAGCGGUAGCAUGGAGGAAACUGCAAGCGCUGCGAGCUUCCUGCUCGGUCUUUCACGCUCGCAACAACAGUUAGCCAAAACUGGGUUAGGCACCCUAAAAGGCUGGCACUCCGACAUCCUCCUGGCGCCCGUCAACGGUGGCUGGUACCUCUCGUCCGAGUCGGCACGCUUCUACUCCACCUCGGCCAUUUUUAGCAGCGGAGGAGGCGGAGGAGCCCCACAAAGUGGUUUCACGGCGACGUACACCUGCAGUCAGGGUUUGGAGGCAGUGAGGAGGCGCACCCGACAGAGGAGCAGUGAACGAGGAGACUCGCGCCGGAGCUGGCACGAAGAGAGCACCUUCGAGAAGCAACUGAAACGGCGAAGCUGCCAGAUGGAAUUUGGUGAAGGCAUGACCGAGAGCCGCUCCAGAGAGGACCUAGGCAAAGUGGCCAGCCAGUCAAGCUUCUCUGGGAGCAUGGAAGUCAUUGAGGUGUCCUGAAAGAACGGAAAUCGAAUGUCAGACUAAACUCGAUUUUUGCGAGAAAUACGUUUUUUUUUUUUUCCUCCCAAGUGCUUUCAUGAACAAGUGGUGCUUUCUAGGCUUUUUUUCCCCCACUGACCAAGAAUAUUUUUGUAUUCCUAUAGCUGAAUUUUGUGCAGGCUGUUAUAAUGUCCACUGAAUGCAGCUCCCUUUCACUGAUUUGUCCAAAUGUGGACACAUGAACACUGAGUUGUUUUUGUGUGUUUUGGUUUAUAUUUUAGUGUUGUUUUAGCUGAGCCUGUUUUUCCCUCUGUGUCCUGAUCCAGAAUGUGUGUUUCUGACUCCAAUAUUGAAUCAUGAGCCUGAAAUUGAA